GGGGGAGAUAUGAAGUGGUCAGUCUCGCGCUAUAAACCAGCUGUGGUUAAAGAUGGCAGGGCACCUUUAGCGUGUUUAGCUGAAGUCUGAGAACUGACCGUGUUUACAUAUUAAAGUAGUGAGCGGCUCAGUGACUCCUUUAGUCUAAAUGCUGAGCGUGUAGUGAACUAAACAGUACGACCUUAAGAAUGUGUGAGUGUUGUACAGAUUCAGUGUUAGAGGAUGAGGUUAGGAGGUGUUAGGUAGCUCCGCUGUGCUAAGCUAAUGUUAGGUCACUGCAGGGUUCAGUACAGUAUUGAUAUAUAGUGGUGUGUGUUGUAGAGGAUGUGGGGUGUGCUGUGUGUGAGGGUGCGGGGGUGUUCAGUGCUGAGAGGAGCAGUAGGAGUGUGUAGGAGGAGUUUGGUUAAUCUGGUUAAAGCGCAGCUGAGAGCGGGCGCUGGUGAAAGCCCUGCCCGAGGGUGUGCUCAGGCUGCGGGCAGGAGCCUCUCUGAGCCCCGCUACAGGCUGCUGUUCUUCGGGAGUGAUGAUUUUGCAGUGGAGUCUUUAAAGCGCCUCCAUCAGUCUCGUGGAGACGGCGCUUUGGUGGAUUUGCUUGAAGUCGUCACCCUGUCCAACAGCGUCCCUGUUCAGAAAUAUGCUGAGCAGCACGAGCUGAGAGUUCACAACUGGCCGGAUGUGGAUUUCAGUGGUCAGUUUGAUGUUGGAGUUGUGGUAUCGUUCGGCUGUCUCCUGAAGGAGCACGUCAUCAGCAGAUUUCCCUAUGGAAUUCUGAAUAUCCACCCCAGCCUCCUGCCCCGCUGGAGGGGUCCCGCACCUGUGUUUCACACUGUUCUGCACGGAGACGCACUCACCGGAGUCUCCAUCAUGCAGAUCAGGCCAAAGAGGUUUGACGUUGGUCCAAUACUCAGCCAGGAGCUUUACCCAGUCCCGGAGAAGAUCACUGCAGAGGAACUGGGAGCUUCUUUGGCUGUUCUGGGAGCUCAGCUGUUAAUCGACACACUGAGAAAUCUUCCAGAGAGAAUAGCAAAUAAAAGAGAACAGUCCAAAGAAGGUGCCACGUUUGCUCCUAAAGUCAAUUCCUCCAUGAGCUACCUGGUUUGGGAGGAGCAGACGUGUGCGGAGAUUGAUCAGCUGUAUCGAGCCUUAGGAUAUCGGAUUCCUUUAAGAACUAUGUGGAUGGGCAGACCAAUCAAACUUCUAGAUUUUGUUGGAAGAUCCCAACCAUGCAUGACAGGUUCACAUUGUGCUGCAGUUCCAGGGUCUCUCUUUUAUCAGAAGGAAUUGAACACACUGCUGGUGUGUUGCAAGGAUGGCUGGGUUGGAUUCAGAACCAUAAAGCUGAAGAAGAAAUUGUCAGCAGCAGAUUUCUAUAAUGGAUAUCUUCAUCACAGUGUGAACAACCGCCAGUUUCAGAGCUACAGAGAGAGACCUACAGGACACAGUACUACGCCAUUACUCCUGAAUACAGGAGUCCAUUAAACGCUAGCUGUGUUCACCAGUGAGAAACCUUGCAAAUGUUUGUCUGUUUUAAGGCAAUGAAAUGUGCUCAUUUAUUAUUGUACAGUACUUAUUGAAUGUCCUGUAUGAGGCAUCAUAGGUGUGGUUCUUUUAAUAAAUCAAUUUCUUUCAACUUG